UCUCCAUACAAAAUCACAUACUUUCUCGAGGCAAUAUGUGCUGACUCACAUUCAUAUAAUUCAAAUUCUUUUCCCUUUUAACUUAUUUUUGUCUUCAUCAAAUCCUCUCUCUCUCUCUCUCUCUCUCAUGCAAAUACAUUUUCUCCGGUGAAAACCUCCCAUUUUACUGCUACUCGCAAGUCGCAAUAUAUAAAAAAAUCCCACCAAGCCAAAACAAAAUCCAAAAAAAAAAGGUUGGAAAAAUGGAUGUUUUGUUGAUUUUUGUAGUGACAGCAGCAAUAUUUUGCUUGUGCAAAAUCAGAAAUCUAUGGAAGUUGAACAGCACCACCAAAUCAUCACAGAUUCCUUUGGGCAGCUUUGGAAUAUGGCCUUUUGUCGGAGAAACCAUUCACUUCAUCUCUUCCGCUUAUUCCGACACGCCGGAGAGCUUCGUCGACAAACGCCGCCGCACGUAUGGGAAGGUUUUCAAAUCACAUUUAUUUGGGAGUCGGACGAUAGUGUCGAGUGACGCAGAAGUGAAUAAAAUAAUUCUGCAAAGUGAUGCAAGAACAUUCAUCCCAUCUUAUCCGAAAUCCCUAAUGGAAUUGAUGGGAAAAUCUUCGAUUUUGGUCAUCAAUGGAAGUUUGCAGAGGAGAAUUCAUGGAUUGAUUGGAAGUUUCUUCAAAUCUGCUACCUUAAAAUCCCAGAUUACUGCGGAGAUGGAGAGAUAUGUGAUGGAAUCAAUGGGGAGAUGGAGAGAAGAUUGUCCAAUCUACAUUCAAGAUGAAGCCAAAAAUAUUGCAUUCCAAGUGCUAGCCAAAGCAUUAAUUAGUUUGGAUCCUGGCAUUCAAAUGGAGAUGCUAAAAAAAUAUUUUCAAGAAUUUAUUGCUGGACUUAUGUCCGUACCAUUAAAUUUUCCUGGCACUCAGCUUCACCGAUCAUUGCAGGCAAAAAGGAGGAUGGUAAAGAUAAUUGAUGGGAUAAUCCAAGAAAAAAGGGAUUGCAAGGGUAUUAAUGAAGGAAUAACAAAAGAUGUAGUAGAUGCAUUGUUGAAUGAUAAGCAUGAGGAAUUGACAGAUGAAUUAAUAGCAGAAAAUAUGAUAGAUUUGAUGAUUCCUGGAGAGGAUUCUGUCCCAGUUCUUAUGACUCUUGCCAUCAAAUACCUCUCAGAUUGUCCAGCUGCUAUCUCACAAUUAACAGAGGAGAACAUUAAAUUGAAGAAGGUCAAGGAGAAACUCAAAGAGCCAUUUUCUUGGAAUGAUUACGUAUCAUCUUUGCCCUUUACACAAACAGUGAUUACGGAAACAUUAAGGAUGGGAAACAUAAUCACAGGAGUAAUGAGAAAAGCCAUGAAAGAUGUGGAAAUAAAGGGGCAUUUGAUCCCAAAAGGAUGGUGUGUUUUUGCAUAUUUCAGAUCAGUGCAUUUGGAUGAUCAAUUAUAUGACUUCCCUUAUCACUUCAACCCAUGGAGAUGGCAAGAUAAUAAUAAGGAAAUGAGCAAUGGCAAUUUCACCCCAUUUGGAGGUGGACAGAGAUUGUGUCCAGGGCUUGACUUGGCCAGGCUGGAGGCUUCUAUUUUCCUACAUCAUUUUGUUACCCAAUUCAGAUGGGAAGCUGAGGAUGAUUCCAUUGUAAAUUUUCCAACGGUGAGGAUGAAGAGACGAAUGCCAGUUUGGAUCAAAAGGAGAAGAUACUCUUAACAUUUUGAGGUGAUUUAAUUUCCCACUUAAAAGAAAUUUACAGAAAAAAAAAAAAAAAUUUGUGACUAGCAGACAAAACUAUCAACAUAAGAAGCAGACAAGAAGAAAAAUUAUUUCAAAAAUUUGAAAGUUGGUAUGAGUGCACACGUGUGGGGCAGUUGGAGGCUGACAUAGUUUUGUCUUUCUUUGUGUCCAAGAAUAUUGUUGUUUUCUUAUUCUUCUUGAAAAAAAUAUAUAUGGUAGAGGUAGAAUAUAAAUAUAUAUAUAUAACUUCUAGGAAUCCCAUGUAAGAAUUUUGUAUCCUGUAUGAUAUGCUCCUUGUAAUUCCAUGUUUUGUUUUUA